UCAUCACUUUCUCUCUCUAAAAAUCCCAAACGCCUCCUCUCUCUCUCUCUCUCUGCAAAAACACCAUGAAGCAAUUGAUCCGACGCCUCUCCCGCGUCGCCGACUCGUCGCAGUACUGCCUCCUCCGCUCCACCGACUCCUCGGCGGCCGGUUCCUCUUCCGCCCGGACUCGCCGCAGCGAGUCGUUCAGAGUCUUGAAGCUGCGGCGGAGAAAGAGCUCACCGGAGACCGGAGUCCCCGAGGGACACGUCCCGGUGUACGUCGGCGAAGAGAUGGAGCGGUUCGUCGUCUCCGCCGAGCUUCUCAACCAUCCGGUGUUCGUCGAGCUUCUCAACAAGUCGGCGCAGGAGUACGGCUACGAGCAGCGCGGCGUGCUCCGGAUUCCCUGCCACGUCGUCGUCUUCGAGCGCGUCCUCGAGGCUCUCCGCCUCGGCCGCGCCGCGCCGUCGAGUGACAUCACCGACCUCCUCGGCUCAACCUCCUCCUCCUCCUCCUCGCUCGCCGACGAUCGUCACUUUAUCUACGCCAAUUAGCGGCGGCGGAGGUCUCUCUAAACCGCCGGUGGUGUAGAUCUCGGUAAUUCUAGGGAGAUGUUUUGGCCUUUUCUGUAAAUACAGGUCUCCGAUCGAGGAGAAGGGAGUCGUUUAGGACCACAGUAUUUUAGCUUUUCUUUUUCUUCUUUUAAAUUUUGUUGUAAAUUGGAGAAAUGAGGAAAAUACAAAGCUAGAAAUGAGUACCA